AUGUCCACCCAAUCAUACGAUAUUCCUACAUUAUCAAUAAAUGAUGAUGAAAUAAAAGAUUUAUUAAAAUAUCUUUAUAAAAAUGAAUCAUUAUUAAAAGAAAAUGGUGCGAUUAAAUUAAUUCCGACAUCAAAUUUUAAAAAUCUAUUAAAGAAAACAUUAAUGAAUGUUCCGUUAUGUUCAACAAUUCAACAAGUUAAACAAAUUGGUAAUGAUGAUUUAAUUUAUUCAAUAAAAACGAAUUCAUUGAAUGAAAAUAAAGAAAUUUUAAACGAAAAUAUUUUACUAAAUGAUGAAACAUUUUGGUUAUUAUUACCAAAUGGAUCGAAUACAGAAAAUAUCUCAAAUAUUUCAAUAAUUAAUGGUCAAUCAUUAUUUUUAAAACGUGUUGAUCGUGAUCAAUUUGAUUUUCAUGACUUACCUUAUAAAUCACUUUUAAAAUUAUCUGGAAAAAAAUUUUGUAAGAAAUAUUCAUCAACAUUAAUCAAAGCACAUGGACCCGGUGCAGUAUUUCCUUUAUCUGCAAAUAAACAAAACCUUUAUCAACUAAAUUAUCAUCAUGAAGGUGGUAUUCGUUAUUGGUAUGUAAUUCCAUCAGAAGAAAGAAAAAAAUUGGAAAAAGUAUUUCAAGAAAAUAAACCGUCAAUAUGUGUUGAACAUGAUGAAAUUAUAAUUAAUCCAUCAUUCUUUGAUAAAUUUAAUAUAAAGUAUAAAAAAGUAACUCAAAAAGUAAAUGAAAUUCUUAUUCUAUCAUGUGGAAUUCUUUCACAAAGUUUCACCCAAGAUGAAAUUCUAUGUGAAUCAAUUCAUUUUGGUUUACCAUCUUGGGUUUUUGAUCAAUUUACCAGAAAUUCGUCUUUAUGCCGUUGUAAAUUACCGUCAAAUUCAAAUAAAGAUGAAUCAGUUGAUAUGAAUUUGUACAAUGAUGAAGCUAUUCAAAAAUAUAUGCAAAAAUAUUUUCAAAUUAAUAUUCAUCAAAAUAAAGAUUCUGAAUUAAAUGAAGCUAUACCAUUUCUCGAUAAUAUUAAUAAAGAAGAUUUACUAAUGGACAUUUGUAAUGAAUCAAUGCAGUUUUCACAAUUUCAUAAUGAAGCCGAUUUUAACGAAAUAUUAUCAUCAGAAGAUUUUCCCAAUGAUAUUUUUAUGAAUAAUAAUGAACCUGUGUCUUUAACUUCUGAACAAAUAUUAAAUAUUCUUGAUAUACCAUCAUCAUCAUCUAAUAAUCAAUCAUUAAAUAAACAAACUUAUUCGAAAAAUAACAAGUUAUCAAGAAUAACAAAUCAUAAUGAAUUUAUAAUAAAAAAAACUAAUAAUCAAUAUGAAGUUGAUGUAAAGAAAAUCUUAUAUUUAUCAAAUUUAAAUAAACAAAUAACAAAAAAUCAUCUUAAAAAUUAUUUUAUUGGUUCAACAAAAAUUAUUUUCAAACAAAGUCAAUUACCACCACAUCUUAAUUAUGCAUUUAUAUUUCAUCAUACAAAACUUCAAGCUGAAUAUAAUCGAAAACGAGCAAUUAGUUCUUCACAUUUUGGAUCAAAUUGUCAAAUAGAAUUUGUUAAAAAUCUGUCUGAACUUUCAAAUGAAAAUGAAUUGAAUGAAAAAUGGAAUAUUGUUAUUCAGCAAAUACCUGAAAAUAUUUCAGAAGAUGAUUUAAUAAAAUUAUUUAAUUGUCAAAAAAUUAAAUAUAUUCCAUCAAGAAUUGUUCCAAAAUCAAAUACAAAUCAGAAAAUUUUAUUUGGAUAUGCAUUUUUAUCUUUUACAAAUACUGAACAAGUUGAUCAAGUUAUGAACAAUGCCGAUAAAUAUCAAAUAAAUAAUCAACCAUUGAUCUUAUCUUAUUAUAGCAAAACAGAAGCUAAUAAAUAA